AUGAUAAUACGUUUAUACCCAACGUUCACACUGAUGGUCAGUAACACCUUUAUCAGCUUUGUCAGCUCGGGGGUGACAGAGUUUCUGAUCCAAAGGAAUGUCUCAGCACUAGCUAAGAAGCCAGCAUGUGUGCCUGGGUUUGAGUCAGAUCUGCUGAUUUUCAGAGUGUCCAGGCAACACCUGAGGCCGGGCAUGAGGCUGGGCAGAGUGCGCUUCACCGACUGCACAGACCACUCAGUAUUUCCUUUCAGCAGUGAUGACAGUCACUUUGGCUUAAAGGCAGACGGUGUGUUAAUGGUAAAGCGACAGGUUGUUCUUCAUAAAGGACACCGGACCUUCUUCAUCCACUCCUGGGACUCUGAAGGUCACAAAGUAACAGUUCCAGUCAGUGUGAGUAUGAAUACUGCAACUGAUCCACAAGUGCCUGUUCUGCACUUCCCCAAGUCUGCUGAAGGGCUGAGGAGGAGGAAGAGAGACUGGGUUAUUCCUCCACUCAGUGUUUCUGAGAAUCACAGAGGACCCUAUCCCCUAAAAGUAGCUCAGAUCCGUUCCAAUGAAGAUAAAACCAAGAAGAUCUAUUACAGCAUCACUGGACCAGGAGCUAAUCUGCCUCCUGUUAAUCGUUUCACCAUGGACAGAAACACUGGCAAUCUGUAUGUCACACAGCCACUCGACAGAGAGGAAACAGCCAAGUACACAUUUGAAGCACAUGCUGUGGGAGACGGAGAAGGAGUCGCUGAGGAGCCCAUGGAGAUUAUAGUCAAUGUGAUUGACCAAAACGACAACAAACCUCAGUUUAAGACUCAGUACAAAGGAGAGGUUCCUGAGGCCUCUGCCGUCGGGUUUGAGCUGCUCACGGUUGAGGCCAUAGAUUUGGAUGAGCCAAAUACUGACAACUCAGAUAUCCGCUACCGUAUUCUGAACCAGGAUCCACAACUGCCCAGUGCCCACAUGUUUGAAAUCAACUCAAUCAGUGGAACCAUCAGAGUUGCUGCUGCUGGACUCGACAGAGAGAAAUACCCACAAUACACUCUGACAGUAGAAGCAGCAGAUAUGAAGGGAGAAGGCUUAAGUGGACAAACAAAAGUAAUCCUCACGGUGACGGACAGCAAUGACAACGCUCCGGUCUUCACUCAGCUGUCUUAUAAUGCACUGGUGGAAGAAAACAAAAAGGAUGUUGAGGUUGUUAAGAUGUCAGUAACAGAUGGUGAUGAACCCCAGUCUGCAGCCUGGAAUGCUGUGUUCAAGAUCAUCAGUGGUGAUCCUGAAGGACUUUUCACAGUCAAAACAGGACCUAACAAACAGGAAGGAAUCAUUUCUACUGCCAAGGAGCUGGACUUUGAGAGGAGCAGCAAGCACAGUCUGUUGGUUACAGUGGAGAAUGAGGUUCCUUUUGCUGUUCCAGUCACCACUUCCACGGCCACAGUGGUGGUGAGCGUGAAGGACGUGAAUGAAGCUCCAGUCUUUGAUCCAAAGGAGAAGCUUGUGGUGAAACCAGAGGACCUUGCUGAGAACCAAGAUGUGGUGCAGUACACCGCUUCAGACCCUGAUACUGCACGCAAGCAGACAGUCUCGUACAAGAUGAUCAGUGACCCUGCAGGCUGGCUGAAUGUGGACAAGGACACAGGCCUAAUUAAAGUGAGAAGAUCCAUGGACAGAGAGUCCCCCUUUGUCAUAGACAACAGAUACAUCGCAAGAAUUGGUGCAUAUGAUAAUGAUGCAGUCCCAGCUACAGGAACUGGUACUCUGAUCAUUGAGCUGGAAGAUGUCAAUGACAAUGCUCCCACCAUUGAUCAGCGUGAAAUCCAGGUGUGUAACAAGGACACAGUUCCUCAGCUGCUCUCAGUAACAGAUAAAGAUGGACCAGAAUUUGCGGCUCCAUACUCAGUGUCUCUGCAGGGCUCGUCGAAGGCCAACUGGAUCGCUAGGAUGAAUGGAACCAGAACAGGCAUCAUCCUGACUUUAUCCACUGAGCUGCCCAGUGGAAAUUACAGUGUGUUACUGAGAGUGCGAGAUAAACAUGGCCUGGAGCAGGACAACACCGUCAAAGCCGAAGUGUGUGACUGUAAGGGAGCAGAAGUGACGUGCACUGAUCGUGCUAUAGGGGGCACCAACGUGCCCCUUAUCCGGGGAAUACUUGGAGGCAUCCUGCUGCUUGUGCUGGUGCUGAUAGUGCUGCUGUUUGAAAGGAAGAGGAAAGGAGAGCAGGAACCAACAUCUACAGACAGCACCUAUUACUACGAUCGAGAGAGAGGAGGAGAGGAUGAAGAGAACCUGGAGGCAGCAGAAAACGACCCAGCAGCUCCCCAACAAGCCUCUGCUCUGUGA